AUGCAGGAACUCAUUGCAGGGUUGCACCAGUUCACGUUUGCCUUUGAGGAAGAUGUGGAGACCCAGAGGGGUAUCGGCCUCCUGCCUUUCCAGGGCAUGGACAAGUCGGGCUCAGCUGUGUGCAACUUCUUCUCAAAAGGAGUCUGUGGGAAAGGUAAACGCUGCCCCUUCCGGCACGACAUCGGGGGCAAGACGGUGGUGUGCAAGCACUGGCUACGGGGUCUGUGCACAAAGGGCGACCAGUGCAGGUUCCUACAUCAGUACGACACUGCCAGGAUGCCUGUGUGCUACUUCUACACCAAAUUCGGUGUCUGCAACAACAAGCAGUGUCCCUUCCUCCAUGUGAAGCCAGCUUCCAAUACCUGUGACUGUCCGUGGUACGAUCAAGGUUUCUGCAAGGAUGGUCCCCUGUGCAGGUACCGCCACAUCCAAAAGGUCAUGUGUAUCAACUACCUUGCUGGAUUCUGCCCGGAGGGACCCAGGUGCCAUUUUGCACAGUGA